AUGGUCGAUUGGUUCGCCAAGCACGGUGUGCGCCGCAUCAUCACACUGCGCGUGCCAGAUCGCAUGGCGCACCCGCACGACGAGCUCGAGAUUGCCCGCGUAGUCAGGCGGUUCCGCAUCGAAGAGCUUGACUGGCGCUUCCUCGACCUCUCGCUCAACAUCUUCAAGCCGCACGGCGAGCCCGAGGACAUUCCACUUGUUUGCCCCGUCGACGAGGUCAAGGACAACAAACCGGAAAAGACAACCAAGACAGGAAAAACUGGCAAGCAUGAAAAGGGCAUGCAAGAGACAUACCUCAGGCGGCUACACCUCUACACGGGCGGGCGGCGAUCAGUGCUGGAUCACUGGUUUAGCAGCGAGGGACUUAAGUCGAUGAAUCUGGAACAUGUCCACAUUCAUGUAAUCAAGAAAGCCUCCAGAUAUCACGACACCAAGGGCUUCCAGCCAGCAAAAGUGGCCAUCAUCGACAAUGGCAUCCUCAGCAUGGACUCGCCGAGCGCGCCGCCGUCUGGAGCCGACAGCGUGCCGUAUGUGCACGGCAGCAGUGGUACAGGCAACAACAGUAGCAAGCAGCAUCUGCAAAGCCAAGAAUUCUUGACGCCCGACAGCCUAUGGGCGCGCAUUUGCGACGGCAAGCCGUUUGUGUAUGAGCAGAAACGCGUGAGCCCGUGGUACCUGGCGUCGAAUCCGCACGGGACGAUGCUGCGCAUGGCCAGCUGUAACAUGUACGGCAAGUUGCUGUAUGACUUCGACGAUAAUACCAUCGACGACCCCAACAAGAAGGUCAAUCAGUACGACUUUCGCAUCAACAGCCAGGACGUCGCUGUUGGGGCCAUCCCCUUCCUCACCGGCUCCACCGACCAGAUCAGCGGCAGCUCCGUAGCUACCGCUAUCGCCGCCGGCCUCUGUAGCCUGCUUAUCGCCUGCCUGCGCACCCUUAAAACAAUGACCCUCGACGAGGCCGCUAACGGAAACAAGGAUCACGACACUGCCAUCGAGCAAAUGCGCAACAACAUCAAAAGUGCUCUCAUGACCAAAAACCGGCCCACCCACGCCGACAUCAUGACCUAUCUGGCCACUAUGGCCCCAUCCCCGACCAAUCCCAAGUUCAUCUCUCUUGACCGCUUUGCCCAUCUCGAAGAUCUUCGUGAUGUCAAUACGUCCAGCCCCUCGAAGGCCUUUCAGUAUUUGGCCACUUUUCUUUCAAGGUAA